CCGAAAAAAAUGCCCAUCAGUAUAAAGCAGUAGCACCACAGUGGAAUCGUAUUGUCGAUAAGAUGUUUCUAUACUGGGUGGUCGGCUUGCUGGCGGUGGCGGUAGGGACGCGGGGUGACGCCGAGGUGAUGAGCCAUGUCACUGCGCACUUUGGGAAAACGCUCGAGGAGUGCCGGGAAGAGUCAGGUCUUCCGAUGGAAGUAAUGGAGGAGUUCAAGCAGUUCUGGCACGAAGACUUCGAGGUGGUGCACCGUGAACUAGGCUGCGCGAUAAUUUGCAUGUCUAACAAGUACACGUUAAUGAAGGAAGACUCCAGGCUCCACCACGAUAACAUGGACGCGUAUGUCAAGAGCUUCCCUAAUGGUGAGAUUUUAUCGAAAAAGAUGGUGGAGUUGCUUCAUAACUGCGAGAAGCAGUACGACGACAUCACGGACGACUGCACCCGAGUCGUCAAGUCAGCUGCCUGCUUCAAGCGAGCUUGCCAGGAUUUGAACCUCGCGCCUGAAGUGGCUAUGGUCGAAGCUGUUAUGGAGCAGUAUAAAUAAUUUGGUCUAUAUGCCAAAUUCCGGUAUUAUCCCGGAUGUCCUCGUCUUCUUAGAGUAGAUGUAGAUUCUUCUAGAUUUCUUGCUCGUACCUAAUACUAGAUGUUAAUAACGAGAAUAACCCAAAUACAUACAUUGUGCUUUCGGCUUCUACUUGGUCGGGUAAAAACAGUCUAUACGUACCUGCCAUGGAACUAGGUAGUAACGAGAAAAUAAAUGUUGCUACUUACUUAACUUCAGUUCCAAAAUUAAUGUGUUUAUGUCAAUAAUGAAAUGUAUAACGUCUUAAAAAGUACUUUUUGCAUUAAAACCGGUAGAAACUAGUUUUGAGUACAUCUUACGUACCACUUCUAAAUAAUAGCUUAGAUAUCGAAGUGUGUAUAACACUUUAAGUUUAAGGAUAAAGAACUAUGUAACAUUUCGACCUCGGG